AUGUGUAAGAAACUCAAAUCGAAAAAGAUAGAUGCAAUGAAAAGGCUCAAGCUCUCGUGUUUACUUCUAGUCGACGUUCUCCUGUUGCCUACAAGUGUAGAUGGUAAACGUCGCAUAUACAACGUCACAUAUACGCUUCCUGCUGAAAGUGUAGAAGGGGAUGACUUGUCCUGGCCUGGUGAGGAGGAGGAUGAUAAAGUUUUGCAUAUGAUAGGGCUUCUCCAGAAAAAUCAUAUGUUCAGAAAAGAUUCUUGGUCUGGCGGAAUUGACGCAACAACUCCAGCUGCCGAAGAAGAGGAUAGUGCCAAUGCCAAAAAGGGGAAAAACAAGUGUAAAGCAUCAGAUUUGAUUGAGAAACUAAAAGACUUUGAAGCCAAAUUCACUGAUAAGCUAAAGGUUCUGUCCGAGGAAGUUGAUUUAAUAAAGUCGCAGAAAUCAGUGGUCAAUGCUGAAACUGAAUUAAUCUCAAAUCAGUCCAAACCAAAGGCACAUAUGGCCAAGGAUAUUCUUGAAGCUUCUCUUAACAAGGUUACGGGUGAUUCUCCUAAGUCUCAGAAACAUCCACAGAUGGGCAAUGAUUCUCCUGGUCCUGGUCUAGAUAAUGUGACGGUAGAUCCUUCUGAGUUCGGGGAAAAUGAACUUCUUACCAAGGAUAUUAUUGGUGUAGUAAAUGAAGUACUUGCAACCAAAGGAGCACCUAAUGAUGCCCCUACAACCAACCAAGGUGGUGCACAGCCUCUCCCCACCAAGAAUGCACAACCAAAAGACAAGUUCAAAGUUUUAUUCGCACCACCCAGCUUCUCAUUGGGACUUACAACUGUGAAAGUUGGUUACGAUUUCUCAGUUUCGAGACCUUGUUUUACACAGUUAUGGGAGCAAGCUAAGCGUUUAUCAGACAAUUUAAUGGAAAAGCUACUCCUUUUUGUCCGCGAUCGCUUUUUCGAGGAGUUUACAGGAUCAACAUCUAAGCCGAUUGAAUUCGUGGAUCAUGUCUUUGUUGUCGACGUCUCCAAGAUGCACCCAUACUUGAAAAAGAAAAGCUACAAGAUUCCGAAUAAGGUUUCAAAAUAUGUUAAGCAGGACCGUCAAUGGUUAACAGAAGUCGAGUGUCUCUACUGCCCAUAUAUCAUAGAUGACCAUUGGGUCGGCCUUUGCAUCGACUUAUCUUCACAUGAGAUUAUUGUACUGCAACCAGACCCUACAAAAUAUUCAUUGGCAGAACUUCAGAAUGCGCUGCUACCUCUUGAUGUGUCGUUAGCGUUUCUUAUUACGCGAUGUCCUACCAACUCUGAAAUGCGAGCAGACUCAACUAGCCCGUUCAAUAUUUUCAAUUAUGCGGGCGAAUGGGAAAUCAAAAGCGAAGGUUCACAUGAGAUCGCUACAAUGUUGCUACUUGAGCUUCAUGCAUCUGGGAUACUUACGUUUUUCUCCAACCUCGACGAAACAAGUGUCAAGAAUGCUGGCAAGAACUACGGUGUUAAGCUUUUCGAGAAAUUUAAUUCCCCUCUUACGUGUAGUUUAGCUUAUUUAGGUUUUUUUGCUUUGCACUAUUGA